AUGGUGGGUUUCAUGGAAAAGAACAACCAAAAGCAGAACGAACUGGAACUCAUGAAUGUCAAGAUUGAAAGAGAGAAACAAGACCUCGAAGAAAGUCGGGAUGUGCUAACAAAGGAGAGAGAGGAGCUGGAACAAAUGAGGAAUGAGACACAGCGACAGAGAGAGGAGACAGAAUCUCACAUGGAAGACCAAAGGAAAGAGAAAGAACAUCUGGAACAAAUGACGACGGACAUGAAAAAACAGUUGCUAGAGAUGGAUAAUGACAAGGAAAUGAUAGAAAGCUCAAUGGGUGAACUGAGAUUGAAAGAGGCAGAAAUGGUGAGAGAAAAGGAGAACAUGGAAAACAAGAUGGCUAGACUCAAAGACGAAGAGGAUAGAAUGCGGGAAGAAAUAGGAAGGAAGGUGGACAACUUGAGGCAGGAAAGUCAUGAAAUCAAAAGACUUAGAGAUGAAAUUGACAGUGAAAAGGACCAGCUGAAUGCAAAAUUGCUUGAGUUGGAAAAAAUGCGUGAAGAACUAGAUAGAGAGAAGAAGGAAGUGAAAGACAGGAAGGUUGAAAUACUGAAAGAGAGAGAUCAGUUGGAAGAGAGGCAAGAUAAGAUCAGUAAGGAGAAAGAGGAAUUGGAUAUCAGUCUUGAACUGAUGAAAAGACAAAGGGAAGACUUGACGAGCUUGAAGGCUGAAGCAGAAGCACAGACCGAUCCUAUGGAAAAAGACUGGAAGGAAAAGCUCACGAGGGAAAGACAACAACUUGAAGAUGUAAAGGAGGAGAUACAGAAGGAAAAAGAAGCCUUUGAGAGAAAGAAGGGAUUGACCAUGAAAGAAAGAGAUGAGUUUGAGCUGAUGAAGUCUGAAACCCAGGGUCAAUUGGAGGAAAUAGAACAAAGCAAACAAGACAUUCGUGUGGAGAAGGAAAAGCUGGAUCAGAUCAAAGCUGAGUUAGAAAGGGGAUCUGAAAACAUAAAUCAGGUCAUGGAUGACACAAGACGGGAGAGGGGGAAGGUUGAAGAACUGGCUAUCCAAACUCAAAAACAAAGAGAAGAAAUGGUGGGUUUCAUGGAAAAGAUCAAACAAAAGCAGAACGAACUGGAACUCAUGAAUGUCAAGAUUGAAAGAGAGAAACAAGACCUCGAAGAAAGUCGGGAUGUGCUAACAAAGGAGAGAGAGGAGCUGGAACAAAUGAGGAAUGAGACACAGCGACAGAGAGAGGAGACAGAAUCUCACAUGGAAGACCAAAGGAAAGAGAAAGAACAUCUGGAACAAAUGACGACGGACAUGAAAAAACAGUUGCUAGAGAUGGAUAAUGACAAGGAAAUGAUAGAAAGCUCAAUGGGUGAACUGAGAUUGAAAGAGGCAGAAAUGGUGAGAGAAAAGGAGAACAUGGAAAACAAGAUGGCUAGACUCAAAGAUGAAGAGGAUAGAAUGCGGGAAGAAAUAGGAAGGAAGAUGGACAACUUGAGGCAGGAAAGUCAUGAAAUCAAAAGACUUAGAGAUGAAAUUGACAGUGAAAAGGACCAGCUGAAUACAAAAUUGCUUGAGUUGGAAAAAAUGCGUGAAGAACUGGAUAGAGAGAAGAAGGAAGUGAAAGACAGGAAGGAUGAAGUACUGAAAGAGAAAGAUCAGUUGGAAGAGAGGCAAGAUAAGAUCAGUAAGGAGAAAGAGGAAUUGGAUAUCAGUCUUGAACUGAUGAAAAGACAAAGGGAAGACUUGACGAGCUUGAAGGCUGAAGCAGAAGCACAGACCGAGCCUAUGGAAAAAGACUGGAAGGAAAAGCUCACGAGGGAAAGACAACAACUUGAAGAUGUAAAGGAGGAGAUACAGAAGGAAAAAGAAGCCUUUGAGAGAAAGAAGCGAUUGACCAUGAAAGAAAGAGAUGUGUUUGAGCUGAUGAAGUCUGAAACCCAGGGACAAUUGGAGGAAAUAGAACAAAACAAACAAGACAUUCGUGUGGAGAAGGAAAAGCUGGAUCAGAUCAAAGCUGAGUUAGAAAGGCGAUCUGAAAACAUAAAUCAGGUCAUGGAUGAGACAAGACGGGAGAGGGGGAAGGUUGAAGAACUGGCUAUCCAAACUCAAAAACAAAGAGAAGAAAUGGUGGGUUUCAUGGAAAAGAACAACCAAAAGCAGAACGAACUGGAACUCAUGAAUGUCAAGAUUGAAAGAGAGAAACAAGACCUCGAAGAAAGUCGGGAUGUGCUAACAAAGGAGAGAGAGGAGCUGGAACAAAUGAGGAAUGAGACACAGCGACAGAGAGAGGAGACAGAAUCUCACAUGGAAGACCAAAGGAAAGAGAAAGAACAUCUGGAACAAAUGACGACAGACAUGAAAAAACAGUUGCUAGAGAUGGAUAAUGACAAGGAAAUGAUAGAAAGCUCAAUAGGUGAACUGAGAUUGAAAGAGGCAGAAAUGGUGAGAGAAAAGGAGAACAUGGAAAACAAGAUGGCUAGACUCAAAGACGAAGAGGAUAGAAUGCGGGAAGAAAUAGGAAGGAAGAUGGACAACUUGAAGCAGGAAAGUCAUGAAAUCAAAAGACUUAGAGAUGAAAUUGACAGUGAAAAGGACCAGCUGAAUGCAAAAUUGCUUGAGUUGGAAAAAAUGCGUGAAGAACUAGAUAGAGAGAAGAAGGAAGUGAAAGACAGGAAGGAUGAAAUACUGAAAGAGAGAGAUCAGUUGGAAGAGAGGCGAGGUAAGAUCAGUAAGGAGAAAGAGGAAUUGGAUAUCAGUCUUGAACUGAUGAAAAGACAAAGGGAAGACUUGACGAGCUUGAAGGCUGAAGCAGAAGCACAGACCGAGCCUAUGGAAAAAGACUGGAAGGAAAAGCUCACGAGGGAAAGACAACAACUUGAAGAUGUAAAGGAGGAGAUACAGAAGGAAAAAGAAGCCUUUGAGAGAAAGAAGGGAUUGACCAUGAAAGAAAGAGAUGAGUUUGAGCUGAUGAAGUCUGAAACCCAGGGACAAUUGGAGGAAAUAGAACAAAACAAACAAGACAUUCGUGUGGAGAAGGAAAAGCUGGAUCAGAUCAAAGCUGAGUUAGAAAGGCGAUCUGAAAACAUAAAUCAGGUCAUGGAUGACACAAGACGGGAGAGGGGGAAGGUUGAAGAACUGGCUAUCCAAACUCAAAAACAAAGAGAAGAAAUGGUGGGUUUCAUGGAAAAGAUCAAACAAAAGCAGAACGAACUGGAACUCAUGAAUGACAAGAUUGAAAGAGAGAAACAAGACCUCGAAGAAAGUCGGGAUGUGCUAACAAAGGAGAGAGAGGAGCUGGAACAAAUGAGGAAUGAGACACAGCGACAGAGAGAGGAGACAGAAUCUCACAUGGAAGACCAAAGGAAAGAGAAAGAACAUCUGGAACAAAUGACGACGGACAUGAAAAAACAGUUGCUAGAGAUGCAUAAUGACAAGGAAAUGAUAGAAAGCUCAAUAGGUGAACUGAGAUUGAAAGAGGCAGAAAUGGUGAGAGAAAAGGAGAACAUGGAAAACAAGAUGGCUAGACUCAAAGAUGAAGAGGAUAGAAUGCGGGAAGAAAUAGGAAGGAAGAUGGACAACUUGAGGCAGGAAAGUCAUGAAAUCAAAAGACUUAGAGAUGAAAUUGACAGUGAAAAGGACCAGCUGAAUGCAAAAUUGCUUGAGUUGGAAAAAAUGCGUGAAGAACUAGAUAGAGAGAAGAAGGAAGUGAAAGACAGGAAGGAUGAAAUACUGAAAGAGAGAGAUCAGUUGGAAGAGAGGCGAGAUAAGAUCAGUAAGGAGAAAGAGGAAUUGGAUAUCAGUCUUGAACUGAUGAAAAGACAAAGGGAAGACUUGACGAGCUUGAAGGCUGAAGCAGAAGCACAGACCGAGCCUAUGGAAAAAGACUGGAAGGAAAAGCUCACGAGGGAAAGACAACAACUUGAAGAUGUAAAGGAGGAGAUACAGAAGGAAAAAGAAGCCUUUGAGAGAAAGAAGGGAUUGACCAUGAAAGAAAGAGAUGAGUUUGAGCUGAUGAAGUCUGAAACCCAGGGACAAAUGGAGGAAAUAGAACAAAACAAACAAGACAUUCGUGUGGAGAAGGAAAAGCUGGAUCAGAUCAAAGCUGAGUUAGAAAGGCGAUCUGAAAACAUAAAUCAGGUCAUGGAUGACACAAGACGGGAGAGGGGGAAGGUUGAAGAACUGGCUAUCCAAACUCAAAAACAAAGAGAAGAAAUGGUGGGUUUCAUGGAAAAGAUCAAACAAAAGCAGAACGAACUGGAACUCAUGAAUGUCAAGAUUGAAAGAGAGAAACAAGACCUCGAAGAAAGUCGGGAUGUGCUAACAAAGGAGAGAGAGGAGCUGGAACAAAUGAGGAAUGAGACACAGCGACAGAGAGAGGAGACAGAAUCUCACAUGGAAGACCAAAGGAAAGAGAAAGAACAUCUGGAACAAAUGACGACGGACAUGAAAAAACAGUUGCUAGAGAUGGAUAAUGACAAGGAAAUGAUAGAAAGCUCAAUGGGUGAACUGAGAUUGAAAGAGGCAGAAAUGGUGAGAGAAAAGGAGAACAUGGAAAACAAGAUGGCUAGACUCAAAGAUGAAGAGGAUAGAAUGCGGGAAGAAAUAGGAAGGAAGAUGGACAACUUGAAGCAGGAAAGUCAUGAAAUCAAAAGACUUAGAGAUGAAAUUGACAGUGAAAAGGACCAGCUGAAUGCAAAAUUGCUUGAGUUGGAAAAAAUGCGUGAAGAACUAGAUAGAGAGAAGAAGGAAGUGAAGGACAGGAAGGAUGAAGUACUGAAAGAGAAAGAUCAGUUGGAAGAGAGGCGAGAUAAGAUCAGUAAGGAGAAAGAGGAAUUGGAUAUCAGUCUUGAACUGAUGAAAAGACAAAGGGAAGACUUGACGAGCUUGAAGGCUGAAGCAGAAGCACAGACCGAGCCUAUGGAAAAAGACUGGAAGGAAAAGCUCACGAGGGAAAGACAACAACUUGAAGAUGUAAAGGAGGAGAUACAGAAGGAAAAAGAAGCCUUUGAGAGAAAGAAGGGAUUGACCAUGAAAGAAAGAGAUGAGUUUGAGCUGAUGAAGUCUGAAACCCAGGGACAGUUGGAAGAAAUAAAACAAAUCCAGAUGGAAAGGGAGGAAAUGAAAAGUGUUAUUGAGGAUUUCAAGAGAAAAGAAUCUAAUUGGGAAGUGAUGAAAACGGAGAUUGAGACAAAGAAACGAGAAACAGAAAAUAUCAUGGAAAUGAUCUCAAAAGAAAAGGACAACAUCGAAAAAAUGAAGAUUGAAAUUGAAAGAGAGAGGGAAGAAAUUGAUAUCACCAAGGGCAAGAUGGUGAAGGAGAUGGAUGAGCUGGAACAGAGAAAAGCUGAGAUCGAGAAUGGAAAAUAUGAAGCAGAAAGGCUGAUGGCUGAACUGAAAGAGGAAGAGCAAAGUAUGAAGAAAGAAAUGUGCACGAUGAAAGACAGUCUAGAGCAGAUCAAAGCUGGAAUACAACCACAGAGAGAAGACAUUGAAAGCAAGAUGGUGGAGCUGAAUGUCCAAAAGGCUGAGUUGGAAAAUGCUAUGACAGAUAUUGACAGACAAAAAGAGGACAUGCAAUACCAAAGACAGCAAAUUGAACAAAACAAACAACAGAUGAUAAAGGAAAAGGAUGAUCUGGAAAGGAUGAAGAUGGAGAUAGAGACACGUUCAGAAAAUCUAGAAACUCUUUUUGAGAAAACAAAGAGGGAGAAAGAGGAUGCUGAGAUAAUGGCUAUUCAAGUCCAGAAGGAAAGGAAGGAAAUUGAAAGUGUUGUCGAAGAGAACAACAAACGGACAGAGAAACUGGAAUUCAUGAAAACUGAGGUGGAUAAAGAGAAACAAGAAACAGAAAACAUCAAGGACAUGGUAACAAAGGAGAAAAGUGAACUGGAACAGAUCAAGAUGGCGUUAGAGACACGAUCUGAACAUCUAGACAACAUAAUGGACGAGACAAAGAGGGAGAAAGAGAAUGUUAAUGACAUGACUGUCCAAAUCCAGAAAGAAAAAGAGGACAUUGAAAACUUGACAGUCAACAACAACAGACAGAGAGAGGAACUGGAAUUGAUGAAAGCUGAACUAGAGAAAGAGAAAUCAAAGACUGAAAAUGUCAAGGAUGUGCUAUCAAAGCAAAAGAAUGAUCUUAAACAAAUGAAGAUUGAGAUGGAAAGAGAGAGAGAAGAAAUGAAUAACACUAAGGACAAUAUUGCAGUUGAUAUGAAUGAGCUGGAACAGAGAAAAGCUGAGAUAGAGAAUAGAAAAUAUGAAGCAGAAAGUUGGAUGGCUGAACUGAAAGAGGAAAAGCAAAGAGUGAAGGAGGAAAUCUGCAAGAUGAAGGAGAACCUGGAACAGAUCCAGACAGGAAUACAACUACAGAAAGAAGACAUUGAAAGCAAGAUGGAGGAGCUGAAUGUAAAACAGGCUGAGAUGAAUAAGGCUAUGACAGAUAUCAACAGAAAAAAAGAGGAAACACAAAAUCAAAGGGAAGAAAUACAACAAGACAAACAAAAGAUGCAAGAUGAAAAGGAUGAACUGGAACAGAUCAAGAUGGAGUUACAAACACGAUCAGAUAAUCUGGAAAACCUCAUUGAGGAGACAAUGAGGAAGAAGGAGAACAUUGAAAGUAUGGCUUUUCAGAUUCAGAAGGAAAGGGAGGAAGUUGAAAGUAUUGUUGAGGAUAUCAAGACAAGGAAAGCUGAUCUGGAAUUGAUGAAAGCAACGGCUGAAGUAGAGAAGCAAGAAACAGAAAACAUCAAGGAAAUGAUCUCUAAGGAAAAAGACAAACUAGAACAAAUGACGAUUGAGAUUGAAAGAGAGAAGGAAGAAAUUGAUAUCACCAAGGGCAAAAUUGAAAUGGAUAUGUAUGAGCUGGAAAAUAGAAAGGCUGAGGUAGAGAAUGGAAAAUAUCAAUCUGAAAAACUGAUUGCUGAAUUGAAGGAGGAAGACCAAAGAAUGAGGGAGGAUAUCAGGAAGAUGAAAGAAAACCUAGAUACUGAAAUACAGCUGAAGAGAGAUGAUAUUGAAAGUAAAAUGGAAGAGUUGGAUGUCAAAAAGAGAGAGCUGGAAAACAUGUUGACCGAUAUUUACAGAGAAAAGGAGGAAAUACAAAACCAGAGAAAGGAAAUAGAAGAAGAGAAACAAAAUAUACAAGAUGAAAAGGAUGGGCUGGAACAGAUCAAGGCUGAUUUACAGAUGAAGAGCAAAAAGGAGAAUGUUGAGGGCAUGGCUGUCCAAUUCCAGAAGGAAAAGGAGGAAAUUCAAAGUGUAAUGGUAGAACCCGAGAUAAGAAGACAAGUACUGGAAUUUACAAAAGUGGAGGUAGAGAAGGAAGAAACAGAGAAUAUCAAGGACAUUGUAUUAAAGGAUCAAAAGUAUCUGGAACAAAUGAAGAUUGAGAUGGAAAGAGAAAGAGAAGAAAUUGAUAAUACCAAGAUCAAGAUAGCAAUCGAUAUGGAAAGGCUGGAAGCGACAAAGGUUGUAACAGAGAGAAAACUGAAAGAAGAAGAACAACAAAUGAGGGAGGUUAUCAAGAAGAUGAAAAGCAAUCUGGAGCAGAUUGAUGCUGAAAUGCAGCUGAAGAGAGAGGACAUUGAAAGUAAAAUGGAAGAGCUGAAUGUCAAAAAGAAAGAGUUGGAGAACACCAUGACAAGUAUCAACAGACAGAAAGAGGACAUGCAAAACAAGAGGGAGGAAAUGGAACAAGAGAAACAAAAGAUGCAAGAUGAAAAGUAUGAGCUGGAACAGAUUAAGAUAAAGUUACAAAAACGAUCAAAACUUCUAGACAAUCUAAUUGAGGAGACAAAGAUGGAGAAGGAGACUAUUGAGGACAUGACUGUCCAAACCCAGAAGCAAAAGGAGGAAAUUAAAAGUGUUAUUGAGGAUAUCAAGACAAAGAAAGAUGAAUUGAAAUUAAUUAAAGCUGAGAUAGAGAAAGGAAAAGAAGAAACACAAAACAUCAAGGACAUGGUAUCAAGCGAGAAAAACAAUCUGAAACAAAUUGGGCUUGAAUUGGAAAGAGAGAGAGAGAAAAUGGAUAAAAGCAAGGGAACAUUAGAAACAGAUGUUGGUAAGCUAGAACGAAGAAAGUUUGAGGAUGAACAGUGGAUUUAUGAAUUGAAAGAAGAAGAGCAAAGAAUGAGGGAGGAUAUCGAGAAGAUGAAAGACAACCAAGAGCAGAUCAAUGCUGAAAUACAAUUACAGCGAGAGGACAUUGCAGCCCAAAUGGCGGAGAUAAAUGUAAAAAAAUCAGACUUGGAAAACAUCCAAGCUGAUCUAGACAGACAGAAAGUAGAACAUGAUGAGAUUAAAAAAUAUAUAUUUGUGGAAAAGAAUCAACUGGACGAGAGGACUGCUGCCUUGCAAAAACAAAGGGAAGAGGUGGGUAAAAUCAUGGAACCAACAGCUAUUGUGAAGAAAGAUGUAAUAAUGGCUGAAGUACAAACACAGACAGAGCCCAUGGAAGACAGCUUGGAGGAACAGCUCAAAAGGGACAUGGAAGAAGUUGAAGGUCAUGGCAUAGAUAAAGAGGACCUGGAACAAACCAACAGGCUGACAAUGAUAGAGAGGGAUGAGUUGGCAUCCAUGAAGUCUGAAAUAGUAAAACAAAGACAGGAAAUAGAGGAGAACAAACUAAAGAUACAGGAUGAGAAGGAUGAGAUUGAAAAGAUCAAGAAUGAUUUACAGAAACGGUCAGAGAAUCUAGACAACCUCAUGGAAGAGACAAAGAGGGAAAAGGAGAAUGUUAAGGACAGGGCUGUUCAAAUUCAGAAGGACAAGGAGGAAAUUGAGCAUGAUAUUGAGGAUAGCAAGACAAAGAACGCUGAACUGGAAAUGUUGAAAGCUGAGAUAAAGACAGAGAAACAAGAAACAUUCAACCUGAAGGACAUGAUAUCAAAGGAGAAACGUGACUUGGAACAAAUUAAGAUGAAGAUGGAAAAAGAAAUACAAGAAUUGGAUAACACCAAGGACAUGAUAGAAAUUGAUAUUAGUCAGCUGGAACAAAGAAGGGUUGAGUUAGAAGGAGAAGAAGAUGGAAUGAAAAAUCUGAUGGCUUCACUGAAAGAGGAAGAGCAGAGUAUGAAAGAGAAUAUUGGGAAGAUGAAAGAAAAUUUAGAGCAGAUUAAUGCUGAAAUACAACUACAGAGAGAUGACAUUGCAACCCAAAUGGAAGAGUUAAAUGUCAAAAAAGAAGAGUUGGAAAACAUUCAAAUGGACAUCGACAGACAAAAAGAACAGAUGGACAAAACACAAAAUGCUAUAAUCAUGGAAAAGAAUGAACUGGAAGAGAAGCUUGCUGGCAUGCAAAAACAAACGGAGGAGGUGGAAGCCAUCAUUGAAAUGACAAAGAGGGAGAAGGAGGAUGUGAUGAGGAUAAAGGCUGAAAUAGAGGAACAGAAAGCUCAAAUGGAAGACAACCUGAUGGAAACUCUGAAACACGACAGAGAAGAACUUGAAUGCCUGAAAGAAACAGAAAGAAAGGAGGAAACUAAGGGCAUAAAAGAGAAGACAGAGAGGGAGAAGGAUGGGUUAGAACGGGUUAACAUAGAUUCCCAGAGAGUGUUGGAAGAUCUGGAGAACGUUGUGGAGGAAACCAUGGAGAAAGAGGGUACAGAGGAAAUGGCUAUCCAAAUACAAAAGCAAAUGGAGGACAAUGUGAGAAUCAUUGAGGAGAUGGAGCAAAAGAAGGCAUAUUUAGAGCUGAUGAAUGUUAAGAUGAAAAGUGAGAGAGAAGAAAUAGACUCUAACAAGGCCAUGAUUGAAAGGGAGAAGGAUGACCUGCAACAAAUGAAGUCUAAGAUUACACAGCAAAGAUGCGAAAUUGAACAAAUUACAACCGUCUUAAAGGAUGAGAAGGACACUCUUGAGCAAUUUAAGACUGAUAUGGAAAGACAGAGACAAGAGAUGAUGAACAAUAUGGACUUGGUGGAAAGAGAGAGAGAUGAACUGGAAAAGACAAGGUCUGAGAUGGAUGAGUUGGAACACAUGACAGCUAAAAUAGAAAGACCGAAGGAGGAAAUUGACAAAAGAAAGGGUGCAGCAAUGAUGGAGGUGCCUCAGCUGGAGGAAAGAGAAGACAGCAAUCAGAAACCGAGUUUUGAAGUCGUCUUCAUCUCAGAUACAACACAGACAGAAAAAAUAAAGGAUGAACCCGAACAAAGCGAGGUUGAGACACUUCAGACAAAGGAAGAAACGAUGGACUCAAUCAAGAAGGACAGAGAUGAUCUAGAACAAAUGAGAGCUGACAUACAAAAACACAUGGAAGACAGAAAUAAAAGCAAGAAUGUGACAGAUUGGGGGAAGUAUGAGUUGGAACAAAGACAGUUACUACUAAACCAGCAUGAGGAGGAAAUAGAAAGCUUGAGGCAAAAGUUACAGGUGGAGAGAGAAGUGCUGGAUGAGGUUAUGAAUGACAUACAAAAUAAGCAUGACAUAUUAAAGAGUGAGAGGGAUCAAUUGGAAAAGAUAAGGGUUGAGUUCCAGAGAGAAAAGGAUACAGAAGGUUACUGGAUUACUCAACAUAAAGAAGAGGAGGGGAGGAAAAUGGAACACCUGGAGCUGUCUUCUGCAGAGACAGACACUCUUAGCUCAGGAGCAAACAAUAUAAUGGCAGUAGGCAGUAGAGAGAUGGACAAGAAGAAAGAAAUAACACAUACAGCAGAGACAAAACAAGAAAGUGGAGACAUGGAGGAAGUCAAACUGGUAAAGCAAGAAACAGAAAAAGAUGUAAGCAAAACUGAGUAUAAAGACAAAAGGAGCUAUAUAAAUGCUGUGACACAAACGCAAGAAAUUGAGGAAGUAGGACAGCUGAAGAAUAAGGAUGAGGAGGGUGAGCUUGCACUACUGAUGGUUGAAAUAGACAAACAGAGAAAAGAGAUUGAAAACAACAUGGUGGAAAUAGAGAGACAGAAGAAGGAGCUGCAACAGAUCAGAGCUGAGACACAGACAGCCAAAAAAGAACUGGUGGAGACUGAGAUGCACAGACAGAUCAAAGAUUCCAGUGAGAUCCAGAGACAGGUCGAAGAUUCCAGUGAGAUCCAGAGACAGGUCGAAGAUUCCAGUGAGAUCCAGAGACAGGUCAAAGAUUCCACUGAGAUCCAGAGACAGGUCGAAGAUUCCACUGAGAUCCAGAGACAGAUCAAAGAUUCCACUCAACUCAGAGAAGAAACUGAGAACAACCUCGGACAGAAGACAACUACAACGCAAGUGGAGUUGGAUCAGACAACAGAUGAAAGGCUCCCAAAGAGAGAUCCUUUGGAGAAAAUCCGUCAAGAGGCUCAGGCAGACAAAGAAGAGAUUGAGAAGAUUAAGCACAGAGUUCAUGAGAUGAAAGAACAUCUAGAGGAAAGACUAGCAGUGAUUCAGAGACAUGAGUUGGUACAGAGAACAAGGAUACAAAGAGAGAAAGAAGAGCUAAAGAAGAUGAAAGAAGAGUUGGAGAGAGACAGCCAAGCUCUGCAAACAGAGUGGGACAGAGGCAGGAGGAAACUUCGGGAGAAGGACCAAGAGCUUGAGAUGCUAAAAGUGGAGAUGUUGCGAGAGAUCGAGAGACUGCAGGUUAAUAUGGAAAAAGAGAUGGAAACACUCAAGACAAGUGACAAAGGUAUCCAAACCUCAGACAUGGUAUUAACCAUAGAAGAAGAGAGAAUGUGGUUGAUGGAGGAAUCAACAAUGGAGGAGUACAGUAUGCUGGCAGAAAUAAGUCAAGAAACAGAGCAAACCACAGUGGAUAUGACAUUCGCCAGUUCAUCACUGGAGCUCCAGGGUCAAUCAGAGGAGCUCACAGUGAUAGAGGAUGCUCAGAUGAGCGUAGUAGGAGCAGAAGCUUCUCCAUUCAGCAGGUUGCUACGGUGGCUUUGGCGCUACUGCUGUAGCUGCUGCCGCUGUUGUGACUGCUGCGGAAGGGAGUGUGAAGAAGAGGAGGAGAACAUAGUAUAGUCCCAACUCUUAAGUCAGCAAAAUUGUGCUUCAAUAGAAGCUUAGAGUACAUGAAGUUAAACAACUUUAAUUCAAUGUGUAUUUAUUUUUUCAUAGCUUUUCCAGAUAGUUGCAUUUAGUGUGCAAUAGUAUCGCCAGCCUUCACAACAAUAUCAGUGGGGCUCAAAAUAAAUGAAUUGCUAUGUAAAGACUGUGUGAAAAAAAUCUCGUUCAGUAAUAUGAAUUGUGAAACAACACCAUCAGUUAUUAUUCAUUCAGUUACAUCAUGUAUGAUAUGUAUUCUACUAUGCCCAAGUGAUAUGAAAUCGUUGAGAUUACAAUAUGCAACAACCUGAUUUAUAUGGCUAAAUUGCAGUGUUGUAAGUGUUGUGCAGUAUUGCAGUGCUAUGUAUUUACAAUUAUGAUGAACUAAGUUUGCACUGAAUAUUGCAUCUAGAGAGAGCAAAACGUACCUUUAUUUAUUUAUUUAUUAUAUUUUAUAAUGAAAUAUAUAUUUAUUAUAUCUUUUUACAGCUUUUGUUAAAGGUGCACUGGAUACUGAAUGGACUCUCAUCAAGAUUUGUCGUAAUAAUUUGUCAAAACAAGUUAUUUCUAUUACUUUUAGUUUUCUUAUUUUUAUACACACGGAAUUUGCAAUAAACAAAGCGCUAUUCUA